AAGCACUCGUGCGUCUCAAGCCAUUUCCCUACUUAGUAGUCUCUUCAAGAGUAUUUUGCUCUCAAUUGAUAAUAUUGCAACUUGCAACGAUCAAGCGUCUGUUGUUCCAUAUCUGUUCAUCGCCUAUGAUGCGACCAACGGACACCCAGAACCUCGUAAUGGUGACCUCAGCUCAGGCUAUUCAGCGUUGUAAUAUCAUCAUCUAAACAUCUUUCAAUUGGAUAGCAUAUUGUGCCACCAAUACAAUUUCUGAUAUAUUGAUGUAAACAACCAAUUUCUAUAGCUGCUGUUGUGAGAUCCAUGCAUUUUCUUUUACUUGGUCGAAUCCUGCAUAAUUUAUUGGCUGAUUUUCCAGGCUUGUUGCUGUUUUUAUGAGUCUCUCAUCUGUGUUUUGAGCUGAACGACUCUCUGCAGUGGAAUGCUCUUUGUGUUAGGCAUUUUGAGCAAAUGGUUGGAUUUAGCACGGUCAUCGUGGUUUUUCAAUUUAGUGUCAGACUCCAGUUUAUUUUUAUUCAUUUAUUCAUGAAGUGUACCCCAGCCACUUGGCUGCUUCAUUUUGAUUAUAAUUGGAAUUCAUCUGAUUGUACCAGCAGAUGUCGCAACCAUUCAUGAUUGGAUUUCUUGUUGAGAUUGUUUUUAGCCCAUUGAGUAUUAUGCAGAUGCCUCUGAAAGUAUUUUCCUAAUGCACAUGGAUUUAUAGAACAUUCAUCACCGAAUAUUGAUAUAGAAUAUCUGAGGAAUCAACAUCGAGAUCUUGAGUUCUGCCAGAACAAAAGGCAAAUGAUAUCUUGUAUGCAUUGAGCUGUUUAAAAACCGCAUCAUUUUCUCUGUUUUGGUGGUUUUCUGCAUCGUUUAGUUUAUGUAGGAAAGUUUCAAGCUUGCCAUGUUUUUAGUGCAUUCAGCUUCAUAACAUUUGGUAUUUCUUGCUGUGUCAGCCUGACUAUAAAGUCCUUGAUUUACCACAAGGACCUGCUAGAUGGGUGUCUCAUGUUAAUAUACCGCUAUUAUUCAUUGCAUAUCACAUGCUAUUAGCUCACAGUGCUUUAUGUCCCUUCAAUGGACUAUGAAUAUUGAUACACAUUCUUUUUAAGAACGUCUGCUGAUGAAUAUAUAAAAUCAGCCCUUGUGUCACAAAUUUGAUUCAGAAAUAUGCUGACCUUGUUACCAUAUAAGAGAAAUAUUGCGCCUUAUGUGAUAUUUGGGAUGAUGCGCCCUGAUACGACCAACUGCUGAUAACAAGCAGACCACAGUGUUGAAUUUCAUAAUAUUUUAGCUGACUUGUCACCGCUUAAUGUUUUUGGUCUGUAACACAAGUCAUGCUGGAUAGAUUAAUUUACGCUGCAGCACCAGUGGCAUGCCUGAUGUGAACAACUGCUGCUUAUUUUAAAAAACAACCAAGUUUACAUCAUAACCUGGCUUGACUUUUGCCAUUUAGGGGAACCAGAUGUCAGUGAUUACCUCCUUUAUUCUGUCACACAAGUUAUGCUGCUUUGAUAAAACUUACACAAGCUUUGAUUGCACGUUUUUGUGAACAACUGCUGCUUAUAUUAAAACCAGCUGACAUCCAUGCUCGGCUCAAAUUGUACAGAACUCUGAUUAGAUUCUGCCUUUGUGAAAAUGUGCAAUCAUCUGCAGUACUUGAUCACUGCUUGAUGGACAUCCCAACUGGCGAGGUCAGCAUAUAAAUGAAUAUAUUAACAGAUAUAGCUAUAAGACUUCAUGUGCAUAGAUCAUUUAGGGCCUAUUGAUUUGGAAAUUGUAUCAAGCCUGCUGUGUUAGGUAUGGUGCGUCGAGGCGCAUGACAUUACGGUCAUUAAUCAAAGACAACCAGGGAUGCUGCAAUGUGUCAACUGUGCAGAGAAUGUGUACACAUCAAUUAAGGUAGCUUAUAAAUUGCCAGCCAAUAUAUAAGGGUACUCCAAAAGUCUGUACGCUCUACCGUCGGUAUUCAUCUUUAUUAACAUUUCUUCAUCCUCUAGCUAUUCUCAAGUGUAGCACUGCUGCUUAUUUCACCAAGGUGUAAUUCAGCGAUGACUUCUUACUUUUGCUCUCCUUGUGGAUAGAGCUUCCUCUUACAGAGAAACUGCAUAGGAUCACACAUUGUUUCGAAACGCUAGUAUUUCUUCAUGACGUACAAUAUUGAACAUUCAACCUCUGAUCGAAUUGCAAUAACAGCCUUCAGUAUUAAAGGAAGGUAGUCUUUGGAAUGGUGGAAACUUAUACAGGUUGUUGUAUUCAGAUCACAAUAUGCACCUUUGAAGUAGUUGGGUUUAUCUUGUACAUGGUUUGAUCAAUUGAAAAACUCCUGAGGACUACUGAGGAGAGUAUUUGAUGUUAAUUCUACUAUCGUUUCAACAAGUCCUUUGGUAUAGCUCAGUUAUACAAGGAAUAUAGAGGAAUACACGCAUAAAUAUACUGUCUUUAUGAGGAUAGUGAGUGUCAAUGCCACUUUGAAAUAAAACAUGGCUUCCAGCGACAAAGCAAGGUAUAGCAAGAUAGCGAGCUAUUCCCAGAGUCCUCGGAGAUCGGAACCAUCGGUGAGGGUGGAAUUCUUCGUUGACGACAAAUCCUUCAAGGAACGUCUUCAGCUAUACUUCAUCAAGAACCAACGAUCAAGUUUGCGAAUCCGUCUAUUCAACUUCACCAUAAAGCUUUUAUCAUGUUUAUUGUACGGAAUCAGAGCGUCCAUGGACAACGAGCCAAGGACCGUCAACUGCUAUGGCUGCCCUCCAAGAGUAAACACCCAGCCAAACGAUACAGACCUAGGCACCUGCAGCAGUAUGAACUUGUCGCCUGCAGAAAAAUCUGUGGCCAUUGAUUGGCUUGCAAUGUUAUGGGUUCAGAGGUCAUCUUGGUUGUGGGCUAUCCAGGUUUCCAUAGCGAUCAUAAGCCUUGCCCAACAUCUGCUUCUGAUGUAUCUACAACAUAAGGGCAGCGUCCUACAACAAAUUUUCAGUGCAUAUUUUUUUCUUGAAGCCGUAAACAGUGUGCCAUUUAUUGUUACAAUUUUCUGGGAGCCUCUUAGAAACCUAUUUAUACCUAUUUAUCUCAACUGCUGGUUGGCGAAGCAUCUUCUUGAGAAUCUUUUUAAUGAUCUUCACAGAGUUAUGAUGCGUUCACAUUCUGCUCUCUCUCAGCGAGUCAUGAUAUUAUUUUCAUUCAUAUUUUGCCUCAUAUUCACCUGUGCCUGUGGCAUGCAUCACUUAGAGAGAGGAGACAUCAGUACCAAUGGCAUGUCAUUCUUCCACGCAUUUUACUUCACAAUCGUAACCUUUUCCACCGUGGGGUACGGGGACAUCGAGGUCCGCAUCUGGCCUUCCCAGCUCUAUGUCAUCACCAUGAUCUGUGCGGCCCUUGUCAUCCUUCCCAUACAGUUAGAAAACUUAGCUUACUUGAUUAUGGAGAGACAAAAGCAGGGUGGGACAUACAGCAGACAUCGAGCGCAAACAGAGAAGCAUGUUGUCGUAUGCGCAACCAAUCUCCAGUAUGACCUUAUUGUUGAUUUCCUCAAUGAGUUCUAUGCUCAUAAUGAUCUUCAGGAUUUCUUUGUGGUUCUCCUUUCUCCUUGUGAACUUGAUAAUGCCCUCAAGGCUCUCCUGACCGUCCCUCUCUGGGCCCAGAGGGUCAUCUACAUCCAAGGAUCAGCCCUUAAAGAUGGUGAUCUUAUCAGAUGCAGGAUGGAUGAUGCUGAAGCCUGCUUUAUUCUUUCACCAAGAAACUUUAUGGACAGGUGUGAAGCAGAUCAGCAGACCAUAUUGAGAACAUGGGCUGUCAAGGAUUUUGCCCCCAAUGUUCCUCUUUACAUCCAGAUCCUUAAACCUGACAAUAGGUUUCAUGUUCAGUUUGCAGACCAUGUUGUGUGUGAGGACCAGUUCAAAUAUGCCCUCUUAGCCAACAAUUGUCUGUGUCCGGGUACAUCAACCCUUGUGACCCUUCUUAUACACACAUCCAGAGGAGUGGAAGGGUGUGAUUCACAUUCUCAGUGGCAGCGUACAUACGGUCGUUGCUCUGGAAACGAGGUCUAUCACAUAGUACUUGGAAACAGCAAAUUUUUCAAUGAAUACGAGGGCAAAAGCUUCACCUAUGCAUCCUUUCAUGCCCAUAAGAAAUAUGGAGUCUCAUUGGUCGGCAUUCAGAAGCAGGAGGAGAACGCCAAGAUCCAGCUCAACCCAGGGCCUCGUCACAUGAUGAGGUCAUCGGACACAUGUUUCUAUAUGAAUAUCUCCCCGGAGGAGAACUCGGCCUUCAUCCUGAAUCAUCCUAACGAAGACAAUGAAAGUAAAGAGAGUAAGAUGGAUAAAUCACCAAGCAAUUUCCACGACAGCAACGGCACGGGGAUCUCGCGGGUAGAGAGUGCCAUCGCUAGUGUUGGUUCAAUGGCUUUGGAAUUGCAUCAUUUUGGGAGCACAAGGUCAAGUAGCAGUGCUAGUGGUGCAGCUACAUCACCAUCAUCAACUUCAUCUGCUUCAGAAACUAAAAAUAAAUUUGAGCCGUCAUCAGGGCGGGGAUCAUCAGGUGGACUGAGAGUUGAAAUCCCCCCUCGGAGCUCAAUGGACCAAGCCAUGGACCGUAACCGCCUGAUGCCCCCGGGCGGGGACGACGGGGGCACGUUCACCACGAGGGUGGUGGAUGAUGAAGAAGCGGGAGGACCUCCCAUGCCCAGGGGGAGGGAGGGGCGACGCCCAUCCAUCAUGCCCGUUCUGGAGAUGAUGUCGUCCGACCCGGAGGACGAACAGCUGAAGGACGACAGGCCACUGCAGGCACAGAAGCAGGUUGCCAUAGAAACAGAGGAUGUGUCUGUGUGGGAUGAAGAAGAUCCGUGGACCAAAGGCACCCCACCUCUUGUUCCUUUCAUCGGGUACCAGCCAGGUUGCUGUCAUCUUCUCUCCCAGCCAAAGAAACUAUGCUGUCUAGAAAUUGAUCAGCCUUGUGAUCAUUCCAGUUGGAGGCAUGCUGCAGAGUAUAACUGGCCAAACAACUGCAUCAUCCUCGCCGUGGAGUACGCUGCCUUGGGAAUGGUUGACUUUAUCGUACCCUUGAGGGCGCACUGGAGACCAAAACACACCCUCAAACCUAUCGUUAUUCUAGUUGAGAAGAGACCCGAUACAUGUUUUCUAGAGUGUAUAGCAGCAUUUCCUAUGGUUUACUACAUGAUUGGUACUAUAGAAAGCCUUGAUGACAUCUUGCGGGCUGGUAUCCUGCAGUCAGACACCGUGGUCGUCGUUGACAAGGAAUCCUCUAAACUCGCUGAGGAGGACUACAUGGCCGAUGCAAACCAGAUUGUAGCUGCUCAGUACCUUUUCAAAUUGUUUCCACAUAUCAGCAUCAUCACCGAAUUAACUCAUCCGUCCAAUAUGAGAUUCAUGCAGUUCAGAGCUAAGGAUUACUACGCACUAAGAAUGGCCGAGAAACAGAAGAAAGAGAAGGAGAAAGGUUCCAACAUCUCCUAUAUGUUCCGCCUGCCUUUCUCAGCGGGGAACGUUUUCAGUGCCAGCAUGCUGGAUACAUUGCUCUACCAGUCGUUUGUGAAAGAAUAUAUGAUCAGUUUCACAAGGCAACUCCUGGGGCUCGACCAGGCUCCCGGUUCAGGCUAUCUUUGUGAGCUGAGAGUUACACAUGAAGAUAUGUGGAUCAGGACAUAUGGCAGGCUCUACCAGAAGCUCUGUUCAACAACCCAUGAAAUACCCAUCGGUGUCUACAAAACACACAACCAUUCCGACAACAAAUCAGAGUCCAAGCCCACAUACUGGUCUAUGCUACCAACGAAUAUGUUAUCAGUCACCAUAGAGGAUGAUGACAGUUCAUCAUCUGGCCAAUCAGAGGAAAGGAAAGAGAUUGCUAAUCUUGUCCGACAAAAGAUGAAGAAGAUGGAUAUCCCCCCGGAAGAAUAUGACAGUGAGGUCAGUGAUAAGAGAAACAAGGUGUCCUAUGUCCUCAUCAAUCCAAGCUUUGAAACCAAGCUAGAAGUGGAUGAUAUCAUUUUCAUCAUUCGACCUGCCGGUGGUCCCAAGACACCCUCGCCCAUGCCUCCAAGGAGAAAGUUCAGCAGCAGGCGGGUCAAACCAAGGAAUACUGAACCAAAGCCCCCACUGCAAGAUCCUCAAGGGACCAACGUGGACACCAAGCUAUAGGGCGCCCUCUCGUGAUUGUCCUUAAAGGAUGUUGACAAGGAUGACUGAUGGCUUUCCAAGACGGAGAGAGAGAGAAUGGUGUGCCUUGAUAGCAGAUCCCACGCUGUCACCAACUGAUCAUAGGCAAAGGUCCACACAGAUUUUAUGUGGUCUUUCAGCUGUGAUAUCGAGAUUCAACCACCUUUCUUCUUUGAAAGAGAACUGCCAUUUAUUUUUCUCCCUUCCAAUCGCACUGCCAGUGGGAUUGUAAGAGGUAAUUCUGCUGUAGCAGCUGACCGAGCGGUGUAUUUGAUUUUAUGACUGAGGCUUUCUGGAAAGGAUACCAACAAACGUUUGGAAUUCCCUGCAUUGAUCAUCAGAACCAAGUCUCAGAAUUCUAAGUAUUUUGAUGGGCGACAUGGUUGACUCUGAGCAAAGAAGCAAACUUCCAAAAACAAAUGAUUGUUUUUUUUUAUGAAGACGCUCUGGUUUGUUUGCUUCAAAUGUUAGAACAUUUGAGUAUUCUCAAGUCGCAAUUCUGUGAGACAGCAUCCAAGUUAUCAACGAAGCCUGCUAUCCGCCGUCUAGAGUCAAGAGGAUCUCUGGUCUUCUCUAGAAAGAAGAAAAG